AUGGAGGAAAAACUGAAAUCGGAUCCAAACAGCCCUUUGGGGCGAAUGGAUAGGACUCCCACUCCCGGCAAACCCAUAGUCACCGAUGAAACAGACACUGACCAGCAGUGGGUGGGCGCCGACCCCUUCGCCCCCUUCCCUGACAGAUGUAAUCCCAAAACGGGUGAAAGUGGGGGUCCGACGGGUCCGGAGCCGACACGAUAUGGCGAUUGGGAGCGUAAGGGAAGGGUCACUGACUUCUGA